AUGAUGUCGAAAUUCGAUCUCCCCGAGGAGAUGUUGGAAGUUUUGCCGUCGGACCCAUUUGAACAGCUAGAUGUGGCCAGAAAAAUCACCUCCAUUGCGCUGUCCACACGUGUCUCCGCCCUCGAAUCGGAAGGGUCUGUUCUCCGGCAGCAGCUAACCGACAGGGACGUUAUCAUCGCCGACCUUCAGUCCCAGCUCGACUCCCUCGACGCCACGCUGUCGGAAACUUCCGACAAGCUCGCCCAGGCCCAGCAAGACAAGGAGAAUCUGUUGAGGGAGAAUGUGCAGUUGAGCGCCACGGUGAAGAAGCUGAAUCGAGAUGUUGCUAAGGUAGGUUGGAUUUUGGUCAAACAGUUCGAUUUCUUGUUCAUGUUUUUGUCUGAAUAUUGA